UGAGCCUCAGGAUUAAGAUCGAUCAACAUGGGAUCGGAUCUGUCUCUCCUCGCAGGGUCUCCUGGGUCGCUCGCUCUCUUAGGAGCCGCAGUUAUACUUCUGGGUAUCAUCCUACGACAGGUAGUUUCCUAUCAAAUCCCUGGCCCGCCUGCUCAGUCGUUCUGGAGCGGUAACUUGAUGCAAUUCAUUGCUCGGGACGGUGAGGCAUUCCAGAAACACGUUGCGCUAGAUUACGGCCCAAUAUCAAAGUUAAAUGGUCUCUUCGGGGAGCCAAUCCUCUAUGUAUCCGACCCCUUGGCACUGCAUACGAUGCUCAUCAAGGAGGAGCAUAAUUUCCAAGAAACCGACGAGUUCCUAGGAAACCACGAUACUACCUACUUCGGUACUAAGACUGAUGAAUUGCUAGGUCCACACCACGCCAAGCAGCGUAAGCUACUCAACCCCGUGUUCUCGGUCAACAAUAUGCGUGCAAUGCUGCCUCUUUUCCACGAGCUCGGGUGCAAGUUUCGGGAGGCAAUCCGGGCGCGUGUACAGGACGGUCCUCAAGAACUGGACAUGCUCGCAUGGCUUGCCCGAGUUGCCUUGGAGCUGAUUGGUCAAGGCGCUCUGGGAUACUCUUUCGACCCGCUGGUGACGGACAGAGCAGAUCCUUAUGGCGAAGCUCUAAAAUCUCUAGGGCCGGAGCUCGACAGUCUAAUGAUCCUCCGCAAGGUCGCCUAUCUUUCUGAACCCCUUCCACGCUGGUUCCGCCGUGCCUUCCUCAAGUUGUUUCCCCCGGGCACCCGUGUUCACUCCAUCGUGCAGACCCUUGACACCUUAGAUCGAAGCGCCAAGGACAUCUAUGCUGCGAAAAAGCGUGCAUCUAAGCAGGGCGACGCGGAGAUGAUGAAGCAGGUCGGUCAGGGAAAGGAUCUCAUCAGCAUUCUCCUACGCGCGAACGCAGCGGCGGAUCCGACCGACAGACUGCCGGACGAUGAAGUGGUUGCGCAGAUGUCUUUGUUUAUCAUGGCUGGUUUGGAUACGACAUCCAACGCACUCUCGCGUAUUCUGACUCUGCUGGCAACUCACCCCGAUCACCAGCAGAAGCUUAGGCAAGAGCUCUUAGAGGCACGCGCCGCCGAUGGAUUGCCGUAUGACGAGCUGAAUCGGCUGCCGUUGCUCGACGCAGUCAUCCGGGAGACAUUGAGAAUGGCGAACAAGGAUACGGUUCUCCCCCUCUCUACACCGAUUCGCACGACAGAUGGGAAAUUCAUGAACGCCAUACCCAUCGCGAAGGGGUCGCAGUUCGUCAUCGGUUUUGCCGGGUCCAAUAUGAACAAGGCGGUGUGGGGCGAAGAUGCACUCGAAUGGAAACCUGAGCGUUGGCUGUCCCUCCCGGCCACCGUCACUGAGGCGCGUAUUCCUGGCGUAUACUCAACUUAUGUCGUGCCGUCUAUAUUGCUAACUCUAUAUAGGAUGACAUUCUCGGGAGGGAAGCGCGCUUGCAUCGGCUUCAAGUUUUCGGAGAUGGAGAUGAAGGUUGUGCUGUCCAUACUGCUGUCCAACUUCACCUUCGAGCCGAGCGGCAAGCAAAUUGAAUGGAACGUCGGAGUGGUGUGGUAUCCUACGGUUGGCAAAGAGAACAACAACCCGGAGUUACCGCUGAAGGUUGGUUUGUAUCAGCCGCUGACAGCGCAUUGAUGAUGUGGCGAGGCCUGAGUACUUUGUAUUGCGGUUACCUGGUACAUCUCAAUUGCAUGUUCAGAUACUUCCGCCCGGCGCAAUAUACUGCGGCCGUGCCAGUGCCUGAUGCGCGGAGAGUCGAGCGGAGGGGGAUACAUCGGCGC